AUGGUUUUCAGCCUCAAACUCUGCCUUGUGGGCCUGGCCAGCGCUGCCGCCGUUCAAGCCAUUCCCAACACUAUGCCGGAGCUCGAUGUGAUUGCCACUUCCUCCCUGGAGGAGCGAGCCUCUUCUUGCACCUUCUCCGGUGCCAGCGGUGCCGCGGCAGCCAUCAAGGCCAAGAAUACCUGUUCGACGAUUGUUUUGUCGUCAGUGGCUGUUCCCGCUGGAACUACUCUUGAUUUGACCGGCCUGAGACAGGGAACCACGGUCAUCUUCGAGGGCACCACCACCUUCGGCUACAAGGAAUGGACUGGUCCCCUUGUCUCCAUAUCUGGAACCGACAUCACCGUCACUGGUGCUUCUGGCUCCGUGCUCGAUGGAGAUGGUGCACGCUGGUGGGACACCAAGGGAUCCAACGGUGGCAAGAAGAAGCCCAAGUUCUUCGCUGCCCACAACCUGAUCAACUCCAAGAUUCAGGGUCUCACCAUCAAGAACUCGCCCGUGCAGGUCUUCAGCAUCAAUGGCGCGCAGGCUCUGCAUCUCGAUAACAUCACUGUCGACAAUGCCGAUGGUGACUCUAAAGGUGGCCACAACACUGAUGCCUUUGACGUCGGUUCCAGCACUGGUGUCUACAUCACCAACCCCAUCGUCCACAACCAGGAUGACUGCCUGGCGGUCAACUCUGGCACGGACAUCCACUUCACCGGAGCCCAGUGCGUUGGUGGUCACGGUAUCUCCAUUGGCUCUGUCGGUGGCCGCUCUGACAACAUCGUCUCCAAGGUCACUGUUCAGGGAUGUACCAUCAAGGACUCUGAGAACGGUGUUCGCAUCAAGACCGUCUACGGCGCAACCGGUGCGGUCAAGGACGUCACCUACCAGGACAUCACCCUGUCCAACAUUAGCAAGUAUGGCAUUGUCGUUGAGCAGGAUUACGAGAAUGGCAGCCCUACCGGCAAGCCCACUGCUGGCGUUCCCAUCACCGGUCUGACCCUGAACAACGUAAAGGGCUCUGUGAGCAGCAAAGCCACCAACAUCUACGUUCUCUGUGCUUCGGGCGCUUGUUCCGGUUGGAAUUGGAGUGGGGUGAGCGUGACUGGUGGAAAGACCAGCGCCAAGUGUCUCAACGUCCCCGGCAGCGCCAAGUGCUAG